AUGGCCCAGACUCAGUUCCAGAGGCCCGGACACCCAACAGGUCCGCAGGCACCGCUGGGAUCUAUGCCGCUCCCUUUCCGCCCACGCAACCGCUCCGACAUCGAUCUCAAAGCCCCUGUCAACCAGAAUGGCAGUUUCGAAGCCGAUCGCGUGAUCAAGAGCGGCUACGUUCAGAAGCGCACACAAAAAACCAAGACCUGGAAGUCAAUAUACAUCGUCUUGCGACCGAACCGUCUUUCCGUAUACAAGAACGAGAAGGAGAACAAGCUUCGCCACCAGCUCUACCUGUCCGACCUGACGGCUGUCGCGUUCCUCAAGGAUCCCAAGCACAAGCGUGAUAACGUCUUUGGUCUCUUCUCCCCUUCCAAGAACUUCCACUUCCAGGCUACAAAUCGACGCGAGGCAGACUCAUGGGUGAAUCUAAUCCGCAGGGAGGCUCGCAUCGAGGAGGAAGAGGAGGAGAUGUUCCUUGCCAGCCCCAUGGGUAGACGCCAGAUACCGGCAGGCCUCACGCCCGUAUUCGAUAGCAGCGAGAUGGGACUGUCAAGCUCCCCAGAAGCCAUUGGACCUUUGACGUCCGCUCUGGUGCCUAUUGAUAAUCGUCGCAAGUCUUCACAAAUCGAGUCAUCCGGGCUCUCCGGCAAUGAGUUCGCCUCCCAUUCCGACUUUUCUGACAAUGACACGAGUCGAUUGCCUGGCGCUUCGUUCGAUAGCUUUGAGCCUCGAUCCUAUCCCACGCGAACCAACGGGAGACACUCGCAGACCUUCUUACAGGGGGGACCUUUGAGUCGCUCCCUGAGCCAGAUGAGCGUUCACAAUGUCGAGAGAGACCCAGACCGUGUCAUCUGGCAGGGCUGGCUAUGGUUCUUACGUACCAAAGGUGGCGUGCGUCAGUGGAAGCAUCUCUGGGGUGUCCUGCGCCCCCGGAACUUCAUCAUGUACAAGAACGAGUCAGAGUAUGCUGCGCAACACAUUAUUCGCCUGUCGGCCAUCGUCAACGUGGUCGACAUUGACCCACUGAGCAAGAGUAAGACAGAUUGCCUGCAGAUCAUUACCGAAGAGAAGAGCUACCGUUUCUGCACCCAUGACGAGGAGUCUCUUAUCCAAUGCCUUGGUGCUUUCAAGAGCUUGCUGGCAAAGCGUCGAGAAAUUGAAGCCAGGGUCGGGCUCUCGCAAGACCAGGCGCGGUAG